AUGAACGCUUCCGACGCGAACGUCACCAGCCACGUGACUAGCAACCCGACCUCUCCCCAGCCAGCCGACGUCACCCACAGAGAGAAGUCGCACAAGAAGCACGACAAGAAGCAUGCCAAGGGUUCAUCCUCCAAUAAGGACAAGCUCAACGCCGUGGUGCUCAUCGUGGCGUGCGCCGUGGUGCUGCUGCUCGUCGUGGCAGCCGUUGGGGUCGGCCUGGUCGUGUCGCGGCGCUCCGACGGCUGUCCGCCCCUGCAGAACCUGCCAGCCGGCGCCGUUGUGAUAGACAGUCCUAUGGGUAAACUGGUGGGCACCACAGUGUCGACGGACAGCGGCGUGAACGUGAACCACUGGCAGGGCGUGCCCUACGCCCGCAGCGGCCCACUUCGAUUCGCUAAGCCCGAGCCCCUGAACGAGCCCAACAGGUGCGAAGCAGUGCUCGCCGUGCAGCCGCGCCCCCCCUGCGCCCAGUGGGCGAACGGCCAAGUGUUGGGCAGCGAGGACUGUCUGCACCUGAACGUGUGGGCGCCCACCGCACCCAGCAACGGCAAGAGACCCCUGGUGCUGGCGGCCACGGGACACUGGUUCCAACGCAGCACCAACGACGUGCCCCAGUGGGCAGACCUCGCUGCGCAGGGUGGCGCCGUGGUGAUCGCGCCUAACGUGCGCAUGGGCGUGCUGGGCUUUCUGCACCCAGUGAAGGCACCCGGAUUCACCCGGGACGUCGCAGAAGAAGACAUGAUGGCCGCCAUGCGGUGGGCGUUGGACAACGCCGCCUCUUUCGGCGCCGAUCCUGCGGCCCUGAUGCUGGCGGGCAACGGCUCUGGCGCCUACAUGCUGGUGCAGGCUGCCGGCAGGCUCAACCUCUCCGUCGCGCGGGCCAUCAUCGAGGGCUCCGUGUACACAUCCGCGGUGCCUGCGAACGACGGCGCAAUGGAACCGUCAAAGGAACUGGCCCGCAUGCUAAACUGCAGCGUGAAGGAUCGCAGCACAUGGUUGUCGUGCUUCUCGAACGCCACAUUGGACGCGAUCCUCUCUACGACUGCGCGAAUGGAUUUGCGCUUCACUCCUCUAUGGAACGUGAUGAUGUUUGCACUCGACACUGAUAAGAAGAAGCUUCCCACCAUCCACGAGGUCAUUGCCGGCACCGACGUUGCACAGCUCCUCCUCGCCAGCUACAUGGUCCAGACGGAAAGCUUCUUCAAGCCGCAGGAGUGGCACAACAUGAGCUCAUCUACCGGGACCGUACGACUACUCAGGAUGUCCACGUCUUAG